CUCGUGCUUCUGCAGAAUACGUCACUCACUCUUUCGUGCUUUGUUACGGAAACUCAAAUCCUCUCAUCAUGGUUGAAGAAGUCGCUGCAGUACCUGUUAUUGCUACGCCAGUGAAGAAAUCUCCGGCAAAAAAAGCAGCAUCCAAACCGAAGAUUGCUAAGCCUAAAAUUGCCAAGGCCGCACAUCCACCAGCAUCCCAGAUGGUUUUGACUGCGGUCAAGGAGCUUAAGGAACGCAAAGGAUCUUCUCUUCAGGCCAUUAAAAAGUUCAUUGCUGCCAAGUACCUCGUUGACCCAAAAUCUCAGGCCCAUUUCAUCAAGAAAUACCUUAAAUCUGCCGUGGCUAGUGGCGCUUUGGUUCAGACCAAAGGAUCUGGAGCUGCUGGAUCUUUCAAGUUGCCAGUAACUACGAAAGUUGCUGCUGAAGGCAAGCCAAAAGCCCCAAAGCCAAAGGCACCAAAAGCGAAAUCUAAGCCAUCUGCCAAGAAGAGUCUCAAGGUAGCUGUUGCUCCUAAGACCAAAAAAGCUAUUGCUCCCAAGGCCGCAAAAGUUGCAAAACCGAAAACUGCUGCUAAGAAACCUGCCAUCACCAAGAAAACGGGCAAGGCUCCAACUUCCAAGCCCAAGAGCCCCAAGGCCAGGAAAGCUCCAACUAGCAGGGGCACACCCAAGAAGUAAAUUUCAUUCCUGAUCAUAACAUUUUCAACAAUCGGCCCUUUUCAGG